AUGUCGGCAAAUGAUACACGACCAUGUUACUUCCCUGACCGUACUAAGGCCUCAGAUAGCACGCCCUGCUCAUCAAAAGAGCACACCCAUUGUUGCGGCACGACCGACAUCUGCCUAGAUAAUGGCUACUGCUUGAGCAUCGCCCACCAGCCCUGGGUCCUAUCACGGGGGUCUUGCACAAACCAGAACUGGGAUUCUGGGUGUCCUGAACGAUGCGUCGGCGAAAACGACAACAAAGGCGGCGGCUGCUCAAUCGUCAACCUCGAAUUCGCAGACGAUGAGGGCAAAUCAACAUAUUGCUGCGGUAAUCCAGUCAGUGGCAGUGGCACCACCGCGGUGUGUCCGACCGAGAGCCAAUUCACCCUAGAAGACGCACAGGCAGUACCCGGCUACGCCCUCCUCAGCAAUCUAUCCAACUUCUACGUAUCCGGCUCAGCGCCAUCAUCCUCCGCAACACCCUCGGUCCUCCCAGCUCCAACAAUGUCAUCAUCAGAUAGCGACGAUGGCGGUACAUGUCACGACACAGCGAUCGGAGCCGGCGUUGGUGUUCCGCUGGGGGUAAUCGCCCUGGCAUCUCUAGCAUGGGCAUUCUUCGAGCGGAAGCGCGUGCGGGCUAUGCAUAAGCAGAUGUCGACCAUGCCGCCAAUUAAUACCGGAGUGCAACAACCUCCUGCAUAUGGGGUUAAUCAGAAGGACCGGUUGCCAGCAGAGUUGGAACAAACGACUCCUGUGGCAGAGUUAAUGGGGAGGGAGCGGUAG